ACAAAGUCUCCCUCUGGUCAAUCUUAAGCUAGUCCGUAACUUCACGUCUUAAAAAUCUAAAUAAUUGCAUAUAAAUAUUGAUUUAUUGGGAUUGUCUAUAAUGCGCUCAAUUUUAACGUAGACAAGUAUUGCCAAAUAAGGAAUUUUAAUUAUUUUGUAAUUAUUUAUAUUAGAUUCUCAUUUUCAGAGUCGUUGGUUACUUGAUAAUUGUUAUAGAGGAAUAGAUCGCAGCGAUUCGCCUAACCUUUUGGCGGUAUCGUCUAGCUAUACCGGAUAACCUUUGGCUUCAUUAAUGAAUAAGUUUAUAACAUCGUAAAUAUUAUGGAAGAUUUCGUAGUAUUUGGAUUUUAUUAUUACUCUUAUAAGUAGGUACGUAUGAAUGUAUAUUCAUACGCAGAUAUCGUGCUUCACAUCACGUUACUCUUCUGUAUCCAAAGAUUUCAUACGAGUAUGUCUUGUAAUUUUUAUUUCUGGCAUUUUAAAAUCGCCUUUUGGAGAAAACAAUAUAGUCUAUUUAUCUACCUGAUCGCUAGUUUUAAAUCUAUAAAAUAUUCAAAAAUUCCUUAAUCUAAUUUAUAGCUAGCUUAUAAUAUCUCGUACUUCGCAAUAGUAUAUAAAUUAUCAAGUGACAAAGUUCACAAUGAAUGUACGCUAACUAAAACUAGAACAGAUAAGCGGUUGAAUUAAUCCAGUGUAUGUCUUUAGAUAGAAACGUUUAGUGAAGUAUAUGUGGAUAAAUAGAUCCAGUUAAUGCUUCAAGCGUACUGUCCAAGAAAAGUAUUAACAAUAUUGUGAUUUCUUAUAUAAUAGAUACUUAAUACACGCAUAUUAAUUACGCAUUUAAUGCUCAAUUUUAAUUUCUUAUUUCUUGCCAUAAUGGUGUAUCAUAAAUACGAACUUUUUCUGAUUCCUACUAGUAGCAACAAGUAAUGACUUUUUAAAAUAAGAAUUUGUUGUCAAAUAGACAUUUUAUACACAACAGGAAAACGAAUUUGACUUUUAUAGUUAUAUUUUCAAUAUUAAAAUCAUAGUUCAGCUCUGCAACAAUAUUUGUGGUUCCAUUAUGUUUAUUACAUUACCUUUUUGAUACUUUUUCCCCCAAAUCUACAAACUUGAAAUGGGGGCUCUUUUAUAUCUUGAAGUGUGUCAAAAUGUCCAAUCUAAAAUAAACUUCUAAUGAUGGAAAAUGACCCUAGUAAAAAAGAAUCGAAAGGAAAGAGGAUAUUCAAGAAAGCAAUACGGCGCAAUAGCAAGUCUAGCAACAAUAGUCAAAAUUCUCCUUUAGAAUCGGGUAUUAAUAUAUCACGAUCCAAGAGUUUUGAAAAUAAGCAUUUAUCCAUUGAAAUAAAUGAUAGUACGCCAUUACCCACGCCAGAUGGUACGAACGAGAAAGUUGAAUAUAGUCAUUUAGGACAGAAGAAUAUAGAAGAGAAGGAAAUACCAAAAGAUUUCAAUUUCACUCGUCCUUCUGAGGAGGUAAAAGUGAAAAAAGUCGAGAUACGUGAAAACCGCAACGAGAUUUACGACGAGCCUGCUACUGCGUCUAAUAAGGAUGCCAAGUCGAAAACUUCGCCGAGGCUUGAAAAGAAUGAGCGUCUUAUUGAAACAGACGACGGCAAAAGAUCUCUUAAGCGGGUUUGUUUUAUGUUAUGAGUGCGACUCAUUUAUUAUUGUUGUUUUGUCUACAUUUGAUAAUCGUUUCGGGGAACGAUUAGGUAUUAUAAUUUGUACGUUGUUUCUGGCUUAAUUAAUUUUUUCACGGAUUAGAUAAUGAUACUAACUAGACAUAAGACUUGUUGCUUUUGGAGAAGGCACUUGUAUUCUUAGCAAACUCUAGUAUCCUACAAACUAUUAAGAACAAAGUCUAUGUAUUUAUCAACGUUUAUGUCAACAGUAAUGUUGAUAAAUCUAUUGGCUUCCUAAACUAAGGAGUGAAUCAGGCUUGACUUGAUGCGGAUUCGCUUUCAUUGUCUACAUUGAUUUUAUAUGCACGUCCUUUGGAAACCGGUUUUCUCACUACCGUUAUUAGUAAUCGAUAUUGAUCUGCGUAACGUGAGAAAUGUGUUUAUUUCUUUCUUUCUUGUGUCUUAUCGUGUUUAUUUAUUUAUUUUUUCAUAUGAACUAUAAGAAAUUGCUUUGCCGUGUGGUUAUGGCAUAGAAUGGGCCACUCCUUCCUUUCUCUUGGUUUUCGUAAGGGGCGAUUGAGGGGAUUAAUUGGUAGAGCGUUGGACAGCGUCUCUCUUAAAACAUCAAUAAAGCCUAACUGCGGUUGUCAACUCGUCUGUUAUUACUACUGUUGGCAAAACCCCCUAAUAGGGAGAGUCCUAUGUUCAGCCUUGGACAAUAACGGCUGAUGUCGUCAUUAACUGUUCUUAAAUAUUUUUUAAUUUGUCUCAAAUAUUAGAAAAAGUAGUCAUUGAUAACUGCAGUCUAAUAGGCAGGUAGGUAGCAAUAUAAUAAGCAUUGUAAUAUAUUUUUGUGUUAAAUUAGAUGACGACCGCAUUGAGCGUAUUCAACUGAUCGGAACGGUAUCUAGGUUUACAUAAUCCUAGAUAUAGAUAGCUUCACUGGGCGGCAAUAUUGAUAAUGUAAUGUAAUGUGUGUACUAUGUGUCAUUGUGUAUAGAAAUUAAUAGAAUAAAUAUAUACUUUGGUAUGAGGAGUAAUCCUAAGGGACGUAAUAUUUAGUUCUAAAUGAUAGCAAUGCAUAAGGUGCUAUGAAUGACACAGUGUUCUCUGAUGUUAUUCUUAUGUUCAGGUAGGCAGGUAGGUAUGGAAAAUAACUUUCGUUUUUUAUCGAUUACCUGGCGAAUAAGUGUUUUUCUCCAUAUUUAUUAUCGCGUCACUAUCAAUAAUUUGACUUGUUUCUGAAGUUUGUUUGGAAUAACAUGUUUCGUAUCUUGAUAUUCACAUGAACAAUUGUUUGUUUGAAUAUCUUGCUUAUUUAUCGUUAUAUCUUAUAGAUUAAUAAUUCAAAUAUUAUCCGGAAUUAGAAUAAACUAUCAUUUCAAAGAUCGGUAAUACAAAAUUUGAAUAAUAACUAUGAUAUUUUGUUUCUUUAACUCAUCAUAUAAACGUGGUUUAAAAUUAUUGCUACCGAAUGCCUGCGUGUUGGGUAGGUGUAUUAUAAUUAUAUAGCUAAUAAGAAACUAACACCAUGCCAGUUUUACGCGUUGCAGACUAAUAAAAUUAGUUUCAUCUAAUUGAUUUAAUUUAAUUAAAUUCAGGAAAUUAGUUUCAUGAUGUAGGAACUAGUUUCGUAAUAAAAUUAGGUUUUAUUAACGCUACCAUGGCGUUCAUUAACCUUGACUCUACAAGAGUAUCUAUUAAGUCUUUCGAAAUAAAUAUGUUCUUAAAAACGUUGUAAAGAAAGUUUUUUUUUAUUUCUAAUAUGGAUACUAAAUGUUAGUUAUAAAUGUGACAAUGUAAAUGUAUUUGUUAUGAGAAUAUUCUGCUGACAGAGAUUGUAUUUUUUGUCUUGACUAAAUUAUCUUUUAAGAGAGGCCAUAACGUAUUUUGUUUGAAUAUUGGCUGGGUAUUUUCGCCUUACCUGAUCCUACUGUGAAGUUAGAGCAAUGCAAGCAUUAUAAUUCCCUUUGGAAGGUAUGAUUUCUGUCAUACGUUUUUAAUGUUUUUUAAAGUGUUUUGUAAAGGAAUUCGAAUGGAGGUUCAUAUUUUUACUCAAUUAAGAAACGUGAUUAAUUUGGAUUAAAUUAUAUUUGGAUGUUUUUGUGUUAUUUUACGAUUUUGAAACUGAAUAUGCUUAUAAAACUUUAUGGGCCAUUGCAAAAAUAGAUAUAAUUCAUUGAUGUGCGAAUUAACUCUUGUACUUACGAUGCUGUCGUUGGUUA